AUGAACUUUGCAGCACAGUUUUUCUUCACAAACUGUGUGGGGGAGAACUCACUACUAGCACGAAGGGGAUUCAGUGACAGUGAGGAGUAUGAUCCCUUCUGGCACAGUGAUGUUUGGCAUUUGAGCAGCAACAUAAAGAAGUGCUCAUCUAACAAUAGCGGAUGCCAGAAAGAUGGCAUCAUCAACAAUGGAGUCCUUACCCGUCGACCCACCCUCAUCUGCCCAGAGCGCCUCCGAGACUUUGGCGCUGAGGAGUACUUGAAUGGAGAAGUGAAACCCUUUAAGACCAAAGUAAUGGAAGCACCUCAGAUGCAAUUGAUGGUACCUCCUAAACCCACAAUCCAAAACAACAAGGACUUCAAGCCGGCACCCAAACCUCCUGCUGAGUACCUUGGCUUUGAGGACAUCAGUGCAGCAGCAUUAAAUAUCCAACAGUCAGGAAUUCAGAAGACCCCCUGCACAUACUCUAGACUAUCCAAAAUAUAUGGUAUGGAGAUUUAUCUGAAGAAAGAGUACCUCCACUAUACAGGUUCAGUAAAGGAGAGAGGAGUUCUGUAUCUGCUCUCCUCACUAAAACAGGAUCAGCAGAAGAAAGGUGUUAUUGUGGCCACUGACUGUAACUUCUCCAUGGCAGUGGCUCAUCAUGCAGUGGGGCUGAGUAUCCCAGUCUUUGUUAUAAUGCCUGCAUAUACUUCCCCACCACGGCUGCACAUGUACAGGGACUAUGGGGCCAUGGUUAUCUACUACGGCACCACGGCUCGGGACUCACAAAAUCAAGCUCGCCAUCUGGCCAAGGAAAAUGGUUACCUCUGCCUAGAGGAGGAUGAUGGUGUAGUGUACCUGGCAGGUCUGGGUACAGUAGGCAUGGAGCUUUAUGAGCAAGUGCCCAAGCUGGACGCAGUUAUUGUGCCUGCUGGGGGACAGAGCGGAGUGCUGGUUGGGACUGCAGCUGCCAUCAAACACCUAAACCCACGCAUCUCAGUCAUAGGUGUUGAGCCAGAGGAGUUUCCCCUUCUGCUACAGUCCCUCAAAACAGACACUCUUGCCAGUGAUUUCUCCCACACCACAAAUAAAAAGCUCUAUAGAGAUUUCAUGAUGCAGCACUCUUUGGGAGCACAUACUUUGCAAAUGGCCAAGAAAAUGGUGGAUAAAGUGAUCUCUGUUAGAGAGAAGGACAAUUUGGUGGCCAUGCUGAGGAUGCAGGAAUAUGAGCACACUACUGUAGAUACUGAAGGAGCCAUGGGGCUAGCAGCCAUAUUGGCUGGUCAGCUUCCAGAGCUAAAGGGUAAAAGAGUAGCAGUGGUAGUUUCCAGUGCUAACAUGGAGCUGGAACUGGUGAGGGAGUGUGUAGACAGAGCUCUGGUGCUGGACAACCGUAUGAGCCACUUCAGUAUUCAGCUGGGAGAUGGACCAGGAGACAUGGCUAAACUGCUGACUAUACUGGCUAGAGAAGACGUCAGGCUGUUGGAUAUUUGCCACAGGAGAUACAGUGAUAGGGUGGAUCUCUUCAAAGUACAGGUGGAGUGUGUUGUGGAGCUGAGGGAUAAGAGUCAGAACUGCCAUCUACGCAGGACACUGUCUGAUCUCUACCCUACACUGCGUUGGCUGGAUCGGUGAACUUGUCAUAAUAAGUGCUGCUCUAAUCAUGCAUACACAAACUCACACAGAAACACACAUCAUCAAUAACUUUUCCAGACCAAAACACACAUCAAUAGCUCCUAUAGACAAAACCUAAACACAACUCAGGCACAACAAAGACAUAAAUGCACACACAUAUCAUAAACAUCACAAACAUCCACAUUCACACUGAGUCAGUGUUAGUGUGAAUUUCUUCAUGUUUAAUAGAUAUGUAUUAAAGUAGGUGAGCUAAUUAGU